AUGUCUGACCCCGCCUCCCACCAGGACGGCCCCGCCGUGCACCCCGGCCACGCCAUCCACCCGCGCCCCGCGCCCGCCGGCACCCGCAGUAGCGUCGCCGGCCUCCUCAACAACCGCCGCCCCCUCGGGUCCACUCCCAUUCCGCCCUCCCUGCAGGCAAAGAUGGCUGCGUUCGCCCAGAGGAGUCAGCAGUCACCCGGCAGCGGACCCAGGGUCAUGGACGGCGCCGUAGCUGCUGGACUCGCCGACCUCUCACUCGGAGAUCGACCCGCGGCAGCGCCCAGCCUGCGCGCCCCCGCGUCGUCGCCCGGGCCCUCGCGCCCUGGCCCUCCCAUGGGUGGACUAGCAGCGCGGCGCGUCAAGGCUGGUGUGCCUAAGCUCAGCCCGAACGAUGUGCCCGGCGGCUUACACCUCCCACCAGUCGGUGCGGGCCCGCAGGGCGCUGGUCUUGGUGUCGGACGACCAAUGAUGGACGAUGAGCCUCAGCGGCGACCGGCCCAGAAUAACUUCUCAACGCCAUUUUCCAACUUCAGCAAGAUUGUAGACGCAUCCGGAGCGCUCCACUUCGGCGGAAAAGCCAUCCUUCACGCCCAGGGUGUCAAUUUUAACAACGGGGCAUCGUUCUCAAUCAACAUGUCACAGCUGCAGUUGGAGGACGAGCUCGGGAAGGGCGCAUAUGGUACAGUUCGGAAGGUGCUGCAUAAACCCACAAAUGUUGCGAUGGCUAUGAAGGAGAUCAGACUGGAACUGGACGAUUCGAAACUCAGUGCCAUCCUGAUGGAGCUGGACAUCCUCCACCGCGCCGUCGCGCCGGAAAUCGUAGAGUUCUAUGGAGCAUUCUUCAUUGAGUCAUGCGUGUACUACUGCAUGGAGUAUAUGGAUGCUGGUUCAUUAGACAAGCUUCAGUGCGCGGGCGUACCGGAGGAUGUACUCGCCCGCGUCACAGGAGCUAUGGUCCGCGGGCUGAAGUUCUUGAAGGACGAAUUACAGAUCAUACAUCGCGACGUGAAACCCACGAACGUGCUCGUCAACAGGAAAGGCCACAUCAAACUCUGCGACUUCGGUGUCUCCGGGCAGCUGGAGAAGUCUUUGGCCAAGACAAAUAUCGGGUGUCAGAGUUAUAUGGCGCCCGAGCGGAUCAAGGGGGAGUCGCAGAACAACGUUAGCACGUACACCGUUUCCUCCGACGUAUGGUCGUUGGGUCUCUCGAUGAUCGAGAUGGCGAUAGGGCGGUAUCCAUACCCGCCGGAGACGUAUGCCAACGUGUUCGCGCAGCUCACCGCGAUCGUGCACGGCGACCCGCCGGAACUGCCGGAAGGCUUCUCGGACGCGAGCCGUGACUUUGUCGCGCGGUGCCUACACAAGGUGCCCGAGAUGCGCGCAAGCUAUGCGGAGUUGCUAGACCAUCCAUUCUUGCAGGCCGACCGCAAGCGGUCCGUGGACAUGCCGAAUGGGUCGACGAAGCGAUGGAACACCGCCAGAGGAAGCUAG